AUGGGCAAUUGUUGCUCAGGUGGCACUGAUGAUCCUGAGGAUAAGGGAGAAACUGAUCAACAAAACAACAACAAUGCAAAUGCAAAUGGAGAUUCUGCUACAACGCCGCCGUCUUCUAAACCUUCUCCGCCUUCUAAAUCAUCGAAACCGGCCGCGAUGGGACCGGUUCUCGGAAGGCCAAUGGAAGAUGUCAAAAGCACUUAUACCAUUGGGAAGGAACUAGGGAGAGGACAAUUUGGUGUAACGCAUUUGUGCACACAUAAAACCACAGGAAAACAAUAUGCUUGCAAAACAAUAGCCAAGAGAAAGCUUGUUAACAAAGAAGACAUUGAAGAUGUUAGGAGGGAGGUUCAAAUCAUGCAUCAUCUCACUGGGCAGCCUAACAUUGUCGAACUUGUCGGCGCUUUCGAAGAUAAACAAUCUGUUCAUUUGGUUAUGGAGUUGUGCGCGGGAGGUGAACUUUUCGAUCGAAUCAUCGCGAAAGGUCAUUACACCGAACGCGCUGCGGCUUCCUUGUUGAGAACCAUUGUUCAGAUUGUUCAUACUUGUCAUUCCAUGGGUGUUAUACAUAGAGAUCUUAAGCCUGAGAAUUUCCUUUUGUUGAACAAGGACGAGACAUCGCCUCUCCAAGCUACCGAUUUCGGUUUAUCCGUCUUUUACAAGCAAGGAGAAGUGUUUAAAGAUAUUGUCGGUAGCGCGUAUUACAUUGCGCCGGAGGUUUUGAAGAGGAAAUACGGACCAGAAGUAGACAUUUGGAGCGUUGGUGUGAUGUUAUACAUUCUUCUAUGUGGUGUUCCACCAUUUUGGGCAGAAUCUGAAAAUGGUAUAUUCAAUGCCAUCCUCAAAGGCCAUGUCGACUUUUCGAGCGAUCCAUGGCCUUCCAUUUCGCCACCAGCAAAAGAUCUUGUAAGGAAAAUGUUGAACUCGGAUCCUAAGCAGAGGCUAACAGCACAUGAAGUUUUGAAUCAUCCAUGGAUCAAGGAAGACGGAGAAGCACCGGAUACACCUCUUGACAAUGCUGUGCUGAAUAGACUCAAACAGUUUAGAGCAAUGAACCAAUUCAAGAAAGUUGCGCUAAAGGUUAUUGCUAGCUGCUUAUCGGAGGAAGAAAUCAUGGGAUUGAAGCAGAUGUUUAAGGGUAUGGACACCGACAACAGCGGAACCAUUACGAUUGAAGAGCUAAAACAAGGGCUUGCAAAACAAGGAACUAGGCUGUCAGAACAAGAAGUUAAGCAAUUAAUGGAAGCUGCAGAUGCUGAUGGCAAUGGAAUUAUAGAUUAUGACGAGUUCAUCACAGCAACGAUGCACAUGAACCGAUUGAACAGAGAAGAACAUGUUUAUACUGCAUUCCAAUACUUCGAUAAAGAUAACAGCGGAUACAUUACCAUUGAAGAACUAGAGCAAGCUCUACAUGAGUAUAACAUGCAUGAUGGGAGGGAUAUAAAGGAAAUCAUUUCAGAAGUUGAUGCAGAUAAUGAUGGUCGGAUUAACUAUGACGAGUUUGUUGCUAUGAUGAGCAAAGGAAACCCGGAAACAAAUACCAAGAAGAGGCGUGAUUCAACCUUGUAUUAG